AUGCCGAUGGCAACCAGCGAAGUACCGCAGAUAGAAGAAUAUGAAGUAGUCAUUGCUGGUGGUGGGGCGGCCGGCAUCGGAGCAGCAGUUGGGGCGAGACAGGCUGUCCCAGAAGCGCGCAUACUACUCGUUGAGUCUGAAGGCUGUCUUGGUGGUGCAGCGACUCAUCGUGGAGUUGUUUCAUACUGUGGGUUGUCUACGAUCGAAGAUAACCCCAGACAAGCGGUUGGAGCGAUAUGGGAAGAGAUCAGAGACAAGCUAUUGCCCAUGGCAGGCACCUCAGAAAGGCCUGUUCGGCAUCGCGGAAUCUUCCAGGUGAUUGAGCCUGAAUGUCUGAAAUUAGUCCUCGAUGAUAUGAUGGCCAAGUACAAUAUCCAAGUUCUGUUGCACACAACCAUCGUGGGGGCGACGCGGUUGCCGAGCGGCAAAGUCGGGAAAAUACAGAUUCAAGAAAGAAGAGGAAGACGAGACAUCUUUGCCAAAGCCUUCGUCGACUGCUCAGGAGAUGCGGAUCUUGCCUUCCACUGCGGUGCCUCGACACGCUAUGGAAAUCAUGGGACCGUCAACCUUGGGUCUUUGGCUACUCGUUUCGGAGGCAUUCCGUCCAGCACCACAUGCUCUGCUUCCAUGUGGCGAGAUGCGAUUUUGACAGCUAAAUCAAAGAACCCCGAGCUUCAGAAGCUAGUCAGGAAAAAUCAGUCGGUUCUCAUACGUCUUCCACUGUCGGGGGAUAUCGUAGCCUUCCUGGCGUCUGCUUCUUAUGAUGCAAGGGACUCUUCCAGUAUCACCACAGCCGAGGUUUCUGGACGACGGCAAGCUCAGGCAUAUCUGGAAAUACUGCGGAAACUGCCUGGUCAUGAGAACAUGUACCUCGUUUCAACUGGCCCGAAUUUUGGGACAAGAGAAUCCCGCCACAUCAAUUCGAUGUACCGAUUGACCGAAGAGGAUAUCAUGUCGAAUCGACAUUUUCCUGAUUGCAUUGCAUUAGGCGCCUGGGGAAUGGAGUUCCAUGAUCCUGACCAGCGUGAUUGGGAGAGCUCUUUCAAAUUACCUCCCAAAGCGACUUUCGAAAUUCCACUACGGUCACUCCGGUCUGAGGACACGCCGAAUCUGUUUGUUGCGGGCCGGUGCGUGGAUUGCGACCGUGGCGCAGGAAGUGCAGUCCGUGUAAUGGGAACUGCUCUAGCUACAGGUCAGGCGGCUGGAGUUGCUGCUAGCUUUGCAGCCUUGAGGGGCGUUGAAGGCAACUGGGACAGUAGAGAGGUUCAGAAUUGUCUGAGAUCUAAUGGUGCCUUGCUGGACACUGCAUUUUUACCCAAACUUGGUUAUCUUGUUUAG